GAAGCACCGCAGAGAAAGAAAAUAAAAAUUAGAAAAGUGUACAACUAAUAGAGUGCAUCUCUUGCCUAAAUAUGUCUGCACCGCUGGAGAACCUGGAGACGCAGCUGGAGAUGUUCAUUGAGAAUGUGCGGCAGAUACGCAUAAUCGUCAGCGACUUCCAGCCGCAGGGUCAGAACGUCCUCAACCAGAAAAUCAACAGCCUGGUCACCGGCCUGCAGGAGAUCGACAAACUGCGCAACCAGGUACAGGACGUGUAUGUGCCCUUCGAGGUGUUCUUCGACUACAUCGACCAGGACAAGAAUCCGCAGCUCUACACCAAGGACUGCGUGGAGAAGGCCCUGGCCAAGAACGAGGAGGUCAAGGGCAAGAUCGAGAGCCUCAAGAAGUUCAAGUCGAAUCUGCUGCUCGAGCUGUACAAGACGUUUCCCAACGAAAUGAAUAGCUAUCGUGCGUACAGAAAGGACUCCAUGUGAAGAGUCCCAUCCUCUAACCCUAAGCCCUGAAAACCAUGUAGUUUUGUAAGCCUAACGUAUUUCAAUAAAUUUUAUACAUAUAUACACGAA